AUGAGUUCGCUGCUUCUCGGUCCUGUUUUACCUCGCCCAUCCGGGUUGGGGAUCGGAAUAAUGAAUCCUAUCUUGGUUGAUCUGCCUACAACGCUACAUCAGACCUUUCAGCAGGGCCAUAGCGACUUCGGCGACUUCAUGGGCAACACAUCAUCGGUGUCAAUCACCGCCAUGUCGACUGAGGAUAGCGAGGAAACCCCUUUCUUCAACUUCCACUUUUCUUCGCCGUUUCUCAAUGAGACGGCUGGAAGCACGACGAAUAUCACGGAGGAUUCAGUGUAUCGCAUUGGCAGUAUAUCCAAGCUCUUCACGGUAUAUGCGCUACUUUUGAACUUCGGAAGGGAGCACUGGGAUAAUCCCGUGACGGACUACAUACCUCAGUUGCGUGAAGCUGUGGCGGCGCAGCGGGGGAUAGGAAAUCCUGUCGAUCAUGUUGACUGGGAAAACAUAACUCUCGGGGCUAUGGCAUCACAGCUUUCCGGAAUUGGGCGAGAUUACGCCAAUGGUGACUUAGCUAGCCAGAAUUUCCCCUGGCAGCAGGCAGGGCUACCCAGUCUGCCAAUGGAAGAUAUCCCUUCCUGUGCAGGCAACACUAGUCUACCGCCGUGCAAUCUUCAAGAGUAUUUCCAAGGGUUCAUCCAGAGACACCCUGUUUUUUCUCCCGAAACAACUCCUGUAUAUUCAAAUGCUGCAUAUAGAAUCUUGGGAUAUGUUCUUGAAACACUCAGUGGCACGUCAUACGAAUCGCUUUUGAGGUCAUCGGUUCUGGAGCCCCUCAAUCUUAGCCAGUCAAGCACACAUCGACCGGAGAGCAAUGGAUCAUGGGUUAUUCCAAAUGGCGAUAGUGGCUGGUUCCAAGAUACUGGAGAUGAGGCACCGACUGCUGGGAUGUACUCUUCUUCUCGCGAUUUGGCGGCUUUUGGUCAAGCUAUCCUGGCCAACAAGCAACUCUCAGCACUUGAUACAAGAAGAUGGAUGAAACCUAACUCCCACACCAGCUCGCUGGUUUUCUCCGUUGGAAGUCCUUGGGAAAUAUGGCGGGCGAAAACUGACAUCACCCAAGGCCGCGUCCUCGAUCUUUACGCCAAGUCCGGAAGCAUUGGAAAAUACAACUCCCUUUUAAUUCUUGUACCUGACUACGGAGUGACGGUAUCCAUUCUCACGGCUGGCCCGAGUAGUGGCUCCACCAUUACAAUUGCUGCGGAGUUGGUCAUGCAAAAGUUGCUUCCUGCUUUAGAGAUGACUAGCCACCAGCAAGCAUGUAGGAAACUCUGUGGGACCUACACAGCCGCCGACCCAAAGCUGAACUCGUCUCUGGUAAUUGUUGCAGACGACAAGAAUCCGGGUCUUCUAAUCAAGCGCUGGAUCAGCCGUAGCGUUGAUAUGUACGCAACAGCACAGGCCUUUGCGGAUGAGACUGGUGGUGGUCAACUCACGGCAAUUCGCCUUCAGCAAACCAAUCUCGAGUCUAUGUCCUGGGGUAAAAGGAGACCCCAUAGCCAGGAAACUCGAGUUUCUGCAUAUCGGGCUGUAUUUGAAACACACGAUCCCGGUGUUACACGCACCAAACCUCGCAUCUUUGGCCCUGACGCUCAUCAAUGGUCCGCGAUAGAUUCUCUUAUGUAUGGUGAGGUGGCUGCUGACGACUUUGUCUUCUACCUGGAUGAUCAAGGCUUUGCAACUGCAAUCGAACCACGUGUUCUUAGGGAGACUUUCCACAGGGGGCUGUAA